AUGAAUAGAAAUAAUUCAAGUGAUGAUUUUUUUGGCUCGGAUAAUGAAGAUGGUGAUUAUUCAUUGAAUAAUGACUUAAAUAGAACCGUUCAACGUAUUUCACCUAUUGGAUAUUCCGAUGGGUUAGAGAUUGGUAAGGAGAAAACAUUACAAAGAGGUUUUAACGAAGGUUUUAAACAAGCAUCAGAACAAAGCUAUAAAUGGUCUUUGUUAUUGGGUUUAGUUAGUUCAGUAGAUGUAUUUUUUCACCAUAACAAACAAUUUGCAAAUGGUAAAGAUACUUCCGUUUUAGGUGAUUUAGUCGAUAAAAUUAAUAAGGUCAUUAAAGAACAAUGCUCAUCACCAACUAUUGAAGAGUUAAAGGCCCAAUUUUUUAAUUUUAAAGAUGAAAGAACAACUACAACUACAACCAAUACUACAAGUACAUCAGAAAACGAAUCAAUUGAUAGUUGUUGUAAAUCAAAUAAUAUUCAAAAAGAUAAAUGUUGUGGUGAUGAAGGCACUUGCAAAACAGAUAACAAAAGCAAUAUGGCCAAUGAUAAUUGCUGUGGCGGUGACAAUAAAGGAUCUUGUGACUCAAAUAAAACAAAUGAGGAGGAUAGUGGAUGCUGUGGCGGUAGCGGUAAUGAUGAAGGUUGUUGUAAAUCAAAUAAAACAAAUGAAAACGAACUAAAAGAAUUUAAAUUUGUUAUCGAAAUGGGCGGUCAAUUAUUUGAAGACCUCUCAAAAGAAUGUGUAUCAACCAUUUCAUCAUUUGGUCUUGAUGGUCAAAAUAUGUUAGAUAAUUGUUUAGCAAAGAAGUUUAGGGUCACUAUAAACUAA